AUGUCCUUCCCACCGCCCUUAAUCCCAAAAUCCCUCCCCCCCAACGCGAAAAUAGCCCUCAUAUCCCCCUCCUUCCGCGUAAACACCCUCGUCCCAACAUCCCUCGCCCGCGCCCAAACCCUCCUCACAUCCCUAGGCUACACAAUCACAACAAUCUUCUCCCCUACAGACGAAGACCUCGACCCCGUCCUCUCCUCCGGCGCCCACAUCCCCGCCAGCAUCCGCAACCGCCUCGCCGAGCUCCGCGCCGCCUUCGCUGACCCCACAAUCGACAUGAUCCUCUGCACCGUCGGCGGCUCCACAGCAACAGAACUCAUCCCCCACCUCGCCGCAGACUCGUCCCUCCAGCAGCUCAUCAGAGAGAACCCCAAGAUAUUCGUGGGCUACUCCGACAUCACGGUCCUCCACUGGUCCCUCCGUGCCCUCACCGGCCUCCGCACGUUUUACGGCCCAUGCGCCGUCUCGGAACUAGGCGAGGCCGUCACCGCCACGCCCGCCUCCGUCUCCUCGUUCGACUUCUCCCGCAACCACACGGAGCAAAAUAAGCCAGAAGACGACGGAUACCUCCAAGACUUCCACCUAGCUCACCUCCUCCGGACUCUGAGCACCCCAGCCACAACCUCCAUUCCAAUCCCCCGCUCAUCCUUCUACGCCCCCAUCGUACCACCCUACUUCCUCUCCCCCCAAACCCGCACCUCAACCACGCCCCGAACCCUCCUCCCCUCACCACCGUGGACCUGGCUCCGAAAGGCGCCCCGCACAGAAGGCCGCCUCUUCGGCGGCUGCCUAACAGUCGUAGCCCGCAUCCAAGGCAUCGCGCCCAUAUCCCCCCCCUCCUGGAAGGGCAAAAUCAUGUUCCUCGAGUCUGCGACAGCUGAGGCGGACAUGACCAAAGGAAACCCUCUCGGCAGGAUCCGGUCCGCUUUCGCGGACCUGGCGGCGCGUGGUGUAUUCGACGAGAUUGCCGGGCUCGUCGUCGGCCGAGCCUACGGGUACAACACGGAGCGGGAGAGGGCCGAGUACGCGGCCGUGAUACAGGGGCUCUUAUGUCAGGGCCGCUUGGGAGCGAGCAGCACCUUCCCAAUCUUGAUGAAUGUCGACAUUGGACACACCGCGCCCAUCGUGACGCUGCCGAUGGACGCGUUGGCGGUGUUGGACUCGGAAAAGGACGAGUUUUCCAUCACGGAGGCUGUGGUGGUCUAG